AUGGAGACUGGUUGUGAAGUGGCUAAAAUGGUGAUGGAGAGUCGUGGUGGAGUGGUGGCAAGAAACGUGAUUCAAGAAGCUGAACAGAUCAUCUCAAAGCAACAGCCUCUUUCCAUCCAGACGUUUAUUGCACAUGAACGAUGUCAGCAUUCGAUCAAUUCACAUUGUGCAAAUGCUGAAUUGGUUGAAGUAUGGACGAUUACUUUAAAGAGAAAUUGUCGAAAGGAUGAAAAGACUCUUGAAGUGCUUUUCCUAAAGAAUGCUGUGCGUUCGCAUCUUCACUUCUCUCAGUUGAACUCAUGGAUCACGAAUAAUGGUGGUAAACUGCCAAACGAAACGACAUGUGCCUACAGACUAUCAUCCUCAAGCGAAACAAUGGCAUUCGGAGGUGAAAACGAUGAGCGAUGUGAAACACAUUCAUUCCCAGUUGCACGGUGCAAUUCAAAUUCGUAUCUCUUUGUGAAUGUUAAAUGGUGCAAACGUGACGCACCACCUCAACUUAAAUCGUGCAUUCCUUUUAAUGAUUUUCGUUAUGAGAGUGAAGAAUGGCUGUUACCAAGUGGAUCAAUGUGUUCAUCGCUUUCGUCACAUUCGUUCAGUUCACCGGGUGGUUCUUGUAAUGGAACACCGCAUUUUUUCAUAUCGCCAGACGAUGACCGAUUCGAAGUGGGAACAAACACUGAAACACGAUCGAUGCACAAUGUGGAUAAAAUAAUUUUCACUAAUGACGAAGACAGCGGUGAUGAAAUGAAAUGCACUCAUAAAGCAUUUGCAUUAACUCAUUCAAAUUCACAUCAAUCAAGCACUUUAACGCAUUCGUCAAGCAGUCAUAAUACGGAUGACAAUCAUGAAACUAAUAAUAAUAAUUCACCUACUGAAGCAAGUUUCGAGCGUUGUUCCAGUUCUGAGCAUUCACCUCGUGAUGAAAAUCGAAAAGCUGUUAGACGCAUUCCUUUCGAAUGUGACGAUGAUGUCCUUAUUGAUGUGUUCACACACGCUCUUCCAACAGCCAAAAGAGAACAUAGAUUAAAGUUGAUCGUUUUGUGUAUUGUUAAUGUGUUAUUUGUAUUUCUUUCCUUUCAAGAGGAUGGCGCAGGCGUUGUGAUGAAUUGCGAACGAGUUUUGAUUGGCUCAACUGAGGUGGAAAGUCUAUCCGAUUUUUUGGCAACGUCUUCAUCCGUAUCGCCAUUGGAAACAACAGCUUCUUGUGUGGCGUUGGGAUCAAGACGUGAAUCGUUACCUCGUAGAAGUCAAAUUGCAGCAGCAUUCCGUUCAAUGUCUUCUGCGCCGGCCGUAUUCUCCAAAACAACUGGAUUACCUCUAAAUUCAAGUCCUGCCCCUCUCACACGCAACGAACGAAGCUUUGCUAGCUCAGAUAAACAUCCUCAUCAUCAUCAUCAUCACGUUUUGCAUAACACAACGAUUGGCGACGACGAUAGUGGUACGAGCGAUAACGAGAGGGUUUGUACUGCAAGGAGUGCACCAACAAGUAGUGGUUUACUGUGCAACUUCGAAGAGAGUGCUCUCAACGGUCGUUUGGAACCACUGGCUGCACUCGACGGAUUUCACCUUCAGAUAGCAGCCAGUGGGUCGUUCUGUGCACCUCAUGUUACUUUACCCGUGACAACAUUCUUUUUCAAUCUAUCAGAUGACGAUGCUCCAUCUCCUUAUUUGGUUUUUACUUUUUCUCUGCUUUAUCGUAUUCUAUUUGGAUCGGACAUUGCUCACUGGAACAGCUCGGUCGUAAAGGCUAUCAUAUUCCGAAGAAGGGCACUUUUCAAGCGGUUCUCAUUUUUUCUCGAAAAAAUUAUUUUAUUUUUAUUCUUCACAUCAAUUUUUAGUGCUUUGUUCAAUCCACAAGGCACAGUAGUGCGCAUGUUCAUGGUGCGGUUCGAUGUGAGUGAAAUGCCAGCUUCAUCGCAAACUUUCUUACGGCAACGUACAUUCUUUAUGCCAUCUGGAUGUCCCAUUGAAAGAGCGCAACGUUCAUGGCUUAAAUAUCUUAUCCAUCUGAGGCUGGCGACCGAUCGACGCGGACGUCUAUACGUGCAUACAGACAUUCGAAUGCUAUUCUCGCAGAAGGGUGAUUUGGAAGCGUUGAACAUUGAGUUGGAAAAAGAAUCACAACAAAAAUAUGAAUUGCUUUCAUUCACCGAAAUGCCACAAAAGCCACGCUUCUCACCACGAAAGUGA